GGAAUUGGAUGAGAAAAUGGAAGUUUUGGGAAAGGAGUAGGGGUACGGAGGGAGCUGGGGUGGGUUUGACCUGCGCAGGUGCACGGGGAGGCAGCUCUGGGACAGAGGGGAGCUAAAAGGGUGGGAACGUGAAGGGUUUGGGAUCUGGGACCAGAGCACAGGUGGUAGGAAACCGGUUGGCAAAGCGCAGGGAGAUGUUCCAUCCCUCAGUGGAUCGGGUUUUGCUGCGGAUUGUCAUGACUCCGGGUGUUUUCCCCUGAUUCGCCGGUUGCCGAAGCGGGAGAUGGCGACGGAAGCCAAGUACAGCAUUGUUCGAGAAGUGGGCCGAGGGAGCUACGGGGUGGUUUACGAGGCCGUCCUUAAUAAGACCAGAAGCAAAGUGGCCGUGAAAAGGAUGCACUGCAACGUGCCCGAGAACGUGGAGCUGGCUUUGCAGGAGUUCUGGGCCCUGCAAAGCAUCCAGCGGCAGCACGAAAACGUGAUCCAGCUGGAGGAGUGCGUCCUGCAGAACGGGCAGGCCUUCCAGCCCAUCAGCCAUCGCCUCAGGAAGUCCGACAGCCACCUGCUGCUGAUCGAGACCUGCCUGAAGGGCCGGAGGUGCAUGGAUCCCAAGGCCGCCUGCUUCCUCUGGUUCGUCAUGGAGUUCUGCGACGGCGGCAACAUGAACGAGUACCUGCUGUCCCGCAGCCCCGACGCCCAGCUCAACAACAGCUUCAUGCGGCAGCUCAGCAGCGCCGUGGCCUUCCUCCACAGGAACCAGAUCGUGCACAGGGACCUGAAGGCCGACAACAUUUUGAUCUCCCACAAGCGUGGCAGCCCCAUAGUGAAGGUGGCAGAUUUUGGCCUCAGCAAGGUGUGUCAGGGGAAGGGGAACGUGAACCAGCACCGCUUCUCCUCCGCCUGCGGCUCCAACUUCUACAUGGCUCCGGAAGUGUGGGAAGGGCACUACACGGCCAAGGCUGACAUCUUUGCCCUCGGGAUCAUUUUCUGGGCUAUGGUCGAGCGGAUCACCUUCCGGGACGGGGACACCGAGAAGGAGCUGCUCGGAACUUACAUCUGCCAAGGCAAGGAGCUUAUUCCUCUGGGCGAGGCGCUGCUGGAGAACCCCAACAUGAAGCUGCAAAUCCCUCUGAAGAACAAGAAGUCCAUGCCGGCCGAUCUCUGCGAGCUCCUGCACGACAUGCUGGCUUUUAACCCCAAGGAACGGCUGGAUGCCUUCCAGCUGGAAGCCCGCAUCAGGCAAAUCUCCUACGGCAAGAAGCGCCAGCGCUCGCUCUCGUAGACCAAGGGCGCUCAGGUGCUGUGUCCCACCACGGUCUGGGGGCCUCGCAGACGGUGAACGACUGAUUUCUUUCGCAAGGAGUGGCUGGAUCAGGAAAGAACGAGACACGAACCUUGCAGGCUUCCAGUUUUCCCAAACGGUUGUAUUUAAACGGACGAUAACUUUAUUUAUUUGUACAGUAAUUUUAAGAGAACGACAAAUAUUUUAUUUUUGUGCAACCCCCCC